AAGCAAACUGAGGUUUACAUAUCGGGCUUGUCAACGGGAUGCAUAAUAAUAAUAUGCAUAUGCAAGAGGGCGAGGGCCGACUUGAGCCCUCUGGUUGAGUCGGCCGAAACGCAACGCAACAAACUUUUUCGACGUCUUGUUUCAUUCACGAGUCGGUCGUCGAGCGUGAGGGUCGUGCGUUUCGUUGCCCGCCGCCGCCGCGAGAGUAUCGAACGCGAUGUCUUUUUGUUUAUCAACAAAUAAAAAAUGUAACCAGUUGUGUUUGGUGACAUAAAAAUAAAACGAUUUUGUGUUUUUAUUGCUUACACGUUGUUUGGAUGAGGAAAUGUUCAGUUAGCGAAGCUUGGAAAUAGUGUUUGAAGAUGGACGGUGCGAACGGCGAUUCUGAUCACUCUAUGACUUGGGAGGACUUUUUCGGUAGCACAACGGACUUAACACCCACGCUUAUUGGUAUCUACGACUCUCUAUUGGAACCUGGGAAGAGUUUAAGACCAGAAGCAAGUAGACUGGAAACCGCAAAAGAUGCCAGGAAUGAUCCUCCAGUAGAUAAAGUCUACGAAGAUAUAGAAAUUAAGGAGGAGACGAAGAUAGACGAUACAAUGAUCACAGGAGGGAUAAAACUCCCCGUAGCGACGUAUAACAAAAGCUCCUUAUACUCAAUACGAACUAAAAGUGAUAACAACGGUGCUAGUGACGAUGUGGAUGUGGACAAGUGUAAAGUGUUAAACGAAUCUUCAUUAAGUAAAAUACAAAAAACAUUUAAAGAAAUGAAACAAGAGACCACGUUCGAUAAUCUCUCGCCCAACGUGAAACGCAUGAUAUCAGGUGCAACGGAAACCACGACGUUAAAGUUCCAAAAGAAAACUGUGAAUGUUGGUAGAUCUUCCAUGAGACACAAGUCUAACAUUCCAUUAGUUGGAGCUACAUCGAAAAUCUCUCAAUCCGGUGUCGAAAUACUUCCUUCAGUAGACAUUUAUGACCAGCCGUGCGCCAUUAAAAACUUUACUAAAUCAAAAAGUGAGGAAAUCGAAUCUCCCGUCAUAACAACGCCAUUAAAACCCGAAUUCAAAAUUGAUGAUGCUCAAACGUACGACGUUCCCACAAAUAAUAGGCCAGCUAUAUACGACGUUCCUGUGGUGAACAAUAAAACUGCUUUCGAAUCGUUAUCACUGCCUUACAUCGAUCAAUCGAUCGAGCUCUCUAUAACAUCUAACGAUAGAGAAUUCGAUAUCAAACUAUCAUCGAAGGACAAUUCUCCGAUGAAGCCUAUGCCAAAAAGUCCUGUACAGUCGCCAGCGAAGAUUCCCAAGCUGACCGAAGGCACGAACAGUUUGCACCGAAAAGACUUCGUAAAUAAGAACGAGAGUCCGUCGAAACUUUUGUCGAAAACUGUACCUUACCCUGAGACUGUGGGGUCUACUGGGAAUCUAAAGACUUGUGAGAAAGAGGUGAUAAGACUGAAUCCUCCAGUGGAAGUUUCUCGACCUCUUUCGAUGAGUUCUAUUGCGUCUUCGAGUUCUACGUCAAGUAGUGGAGUGCAGAAUAAGGGGGGAGUGAACUCUGCGUACUUGGCUUCCAUCGAGAGCUUGGAUGACCACAGCGACGCGGACAUGACCUCGGCGAAUGGCAGCAACAACUUCGUGAACAACGCGGGGAUCAUGGCCACCAGCGUGUCGGAGGAGAGGAACUCGGAAAGUACGCCACGUGUUCAGUUGGUGGACGAGUUGGCCGGCCUAUCACAACUGGAGCGCGUGUGUGCCGAGAUUGUGCAGACUGAGAACGUGUAUGUCGAGGAUCUGAGACAAGUCGUCGAGGGCUAUCUCCACGUGUGGCGGCGGGAGGUGACCUUCUCAGACGAGCAGCUGAACGAGCUCUUCAAUAACAUCGAGGACAUCUACAACUUUAACAGAUCCCUCUGCGCGGAACUGAACACAUGUCGGUUGGACGCGACCUGCAUCGCUCGGUGCUUCGUCAACAACACCGCUGGCUUCUCAGUCUACACCUCCUACUGCACGGGCUACCCUCGCACCAUGGAGCGGUUGGCAGCACUGGCCUCGGAGCCCCACAGCGCCCGCGAGUUCAGGGAGAGACAGAUAGCGUUGGGCCAUCUACUGCCGCUCGCGUCUUACUUGUUGAAACCUGUUCAGAGGAUUUUGAAGUAUCAUUUGUUACUGCAGAACGUAGUAAAGCAAUGUGCAUCUCGGGAGACGGAGUACGCUCUGCUGAAGAUGACCGGCAUCGCGCAGCACAUCGACGACAUGAAGCGACGACACGAACAUGCUGUUAGGGUACAGGAAAUCCAAUCGCUGCUAUACGGGUGGAAUGGACCCGACCUCACGACAUACGGAGAGUUGUGUGCCGAAGGGACAUUUAGAGUAUUCGGCGCGAAGGCGAUGCGUCACGCCUUCCUCUUCGACAAGAUGCUGCUGGUCACCAAGAACAGGGAGGACGGCAUCCUCGCCUACAAGUCGCAUAUCAUGUGCAACAACAUGAUGCUGGUAGAGUCGAUAGCGGGCGCGCCGCUGUCGUUCCACGUGAUCCCGUGGGACGCGCCGCGCGCGCAGCUCACGUUGCAAGCUCGCUCGCCGCGCCACAAGCGGGAGUGGACACUGCUGCUUAAAAGGGUGAUCCUCGAGAACUACAACGCAGUGAUCCCAUCUCACGCGAGGCAGUUGGUCAUGGAGCUCGGACAGAACAAAACUGACGAUGACAUGCUAGCAGAGAAAUCGCACAAUUUAAUCACCCAAGCAUCCAUGAGGAAGCAGCUUUCAGCCCCAGAAUAUCUCGAAAAACGAAAACUGGAGAGAGAGCGAAGAAAAUCAUUUGAAAACGGCACUCGAGGAAGAUUGAAGAAAGGCAACCGAAAAUACACUAUACCGAGCUCCCGAGCCGAGAGCCAGGAAUGUGAUUGCACUCAAUUUUCCGCAGAAAAAGGUACUGACUAUACUUGUGAGAACUGCUACAUUGAUCUUUGUUCGGAUUGUGAAACUGAACUCGCUAAAAGCAAGAGAGAAGACAAAUGCAGCUGUAGACAUGAGGACAAUGAACUCGGAGACAAAUGUCCUGAAUGUGAUAGAUCGCUGCACUACAUAGACUCUGGUAGCGCAGAACACUUAGAAAGAAAGCAAGCUGCCUGCAAGUGUUCAGACUUCAAAUCAUCACAAGAGAGCUUCAGUAAAGAAUUCAGCAGCUCUCUAACCAAAACUCGAGGGUACCAUUCAUCUGAUAACAUCAUAGGAUACACAGACACCAGUAAAAGCAAAGAAGAUCUCAGCGAUACCAACAAUUCUUUAACCAACGUCAGACAAAUACCGAAAACUUGUUUAAAAUGCGCUAAAAUUAAAGAGAAUAUUGUCACCGAUUCUACAAGUACAAUUCACUCGAGACGAUCAAGAUGUAACGAUACUGAGAAGUCCAAAACUGAUACUCUACGAUCCAAGUCAAAAGAUGAUCCUCAAAGAUCGAAACUGUCCAAGAUAGGGACUUGGAGACGGAAAUCUGAACCAGGCCUACAACAAAACAUGAUCGGUAUUGUCACCAAGAAAACUCAGGACAGUGACAACGAAAGAGAAAUAAGGGGCAAUGAAAAGAUAGAAUUCGAAUGUAAGAACUGCGGAUCAAACAGAAUCACGAAGAAAACUAGAGCAAACGACGGAACUAUCAUCUCUGACCCAGAAUUAGACGCAAGAAAACGCGUCGGUCCAGUAAAACCAGCCGUAGAAAUUAGAAUGUACAACACGAAAAACAUACCAAAGAAGAUUUCUAAAAUAAAGAAGAAUAGAGCUAAAGGAUUGCGCUUAGGAUCUGAUACAACAGCAAAGUUCUACGCUGAUUUUUCGACUGACGUGUCUACUGAAAAUAUUUUGCAUAUAUCAGAGUCAAAUGAUAGUCUAAACGUUGAUAAACCUAAAGACACACCAAACCCUGUACCUGAAACAAUAAGUAAAGACGAAGAUAUUGACGAAGAAACAUACAAGAAGUUGAUAGAAAAGACAGAUUCAUUCAAAAAGAACGAGUUGGAGAAAGUUAAGUACUUAAAUAAGCAAAAAGUGAUAAACGAAGGCUCAGAAGCUGAAGAUAAAGUUGAAGUGGAUACAAAAGAAGUAUUAGAAAGUUGCGAAGAAGUGGAGCAACCUUUAGAACAAAUCAUUUCUCAGCUACUGAUGCAGAAUAGGGAGUUCCAAAAGUUGAUAAAGAAGCAACAGUUAAGGAACACCGCUCAGAGACGACAUCAGAGACUAAUGAAGUCUCAUUCUAAUCCCGAACAAGUUGUGAUAGCAAAAAACUUAGAAACGAACAAAUUGAAACCUAAAUUCGGUCGACAGACUUCCGAGAACUUGGACGGAGACAAACACGAGGAAGAAGAAGAAGAUUGUACAACAACAAGUUCUAGAACGGAACUGACAGAAGAAAUAGAUGACGAUCACAUUUAUGAAACGCUUAGAGUAGACAACAGAGUGGACGAGAGUUUACACUCCUUGAACAACAAAAGUAAAGUGAUCCAGCACAACCCUGUAAGACCCAAAAGAGUUCUCACGCCGCCAAAAAACGAUGACGUCACUGAAAUAUCUCGCCACAUUGGUCCAGAUUCCGAUUACGUGUACUUAUCGUUUGACAAAUUGAAUAAAAUACAAAAUCCUGAAGGUAUAUACGAUGUUCCAGUAAGAUCUCCAGAAAAAGUCGAUAGGAACUCUGAUUACUACGUCACUAUGGAGAGCAAAGGACCCAUCAUGGCUGAAAAUGUGUACGACUCUUUAAUAGAAGUGUGUAGGCGGAAGAAAGAGGUGCCCAAUGACUUACCAGGUGACUAUCUACCAAUGAGUCCUGAUCAACAAAGCCCUAACGCCCCAGAAAUAUGGCUGAGUAGACAGAAAGAACAUUUCAAUGUAUCUAGAGACCGAAAAUCUGGUUCAUUACCACGAAGCUUUCAAGUAGUUACAAGCACAACUACUCAAGAAGAGAAUAAUCUAGUGACAUUCAAAUGUAAACCUAAUAGUAAUAGCAAAACGUAUUUAAAUAGAGAUGGCAAGGUUAUGAGUACUGACAGACCAUUCACAAUAGCGUCUGAUCAAAGCGAGAUAAAUUAUGAUGAUAUGAGUGAUGGUGAUAUGCUGAAAUUUAACCAAUCCAAGACUAGCGAGACAGAUUUCGUGCAAAAUAUAAGCCAAUCUACAUUGGAACUGGAGGAAGAAAUCGAUAGAUGUUAUAAAAGCAAGUUCCAAGAUAUAAAUCUGGAUAAGAAUAAAAAUGAAAAUCUUUUAACUGUUUCUCAACCGAAUUUGAACAUAUCCACCACAUCAUCUUGCGAAGUUUUGCCUCUAGAGCAAAAUGAGGACACGAAAUCCAACGACAUUGAAGUAAUACACCCAGAACAUAAGAUUUACAAACCAAAUUCGAACAUGCUUUCCCUGAAAAACGUGUUAAGUCGAUUUAAAAGUAAAACUCCGAACAAGAACAAUGAUGAUUCAGAAAUAAAUGCUAACGAUCAAAGUAGUCCUGAUAGCACGAAGUCAGAUGUUAAAAGCCCAACUAGUGAGAAGCGACCGAACUUAAAUCCUAGGAGUUAUUCCAAGAAUCUACUACAAAGAUUUAGGAGUAUAAUAGGCGAUGAACACACGGAUGACAAUCAGAAUAAAGCAGAAACUAUCAACAAAGUUCUACACACAGAAGAUAUACAGAAUAACUUGGUAAAGAGUGACAUUAAAGUAGUAAUCACAUCUACUGACGCAAGCCCCACCACAUCAACUAUAGUUUACGCUCUAAACAAUGAAAUACUCAGUAAAAGUGUUUGUGAGAACAGUACAAUGUCUGAAAGUCAAAAUGAAAAGAGUAAUCUUGACGCUUUGUCUUUAAGCUGCGAUAAUAUCACUCAGAAACAAGAAAGUCAUCGGCCAAGUUACGAAAAAAGUGUCAGCAUGGUAUCUAGCGUUUCAAGCUCGAUUGGUUCCCCCUCAAAAUCAAAUAAUAGUUCCUACCAAAGCCUGAACAAGCUGCCCAUAUACAUGCAAGGCAGCAAACAUCUGGGGGCUAGAAUAGCUCAGUCCGACUAUGUAGACCCAACGACUCUAGUUAGCGACAAAUCUCCACUUAAAAAGGUUAAUGUACUUAUAAAUAAAAACGCUGUGAGACCUGAUAGUCUAUUUUCCAACUCGUCCUUCGUCACCUCGUCUAGUGAAGGUACAUAUCAAGAACCGAGUAAAGUAAACGCGAAUCAAAAUGCAGAAACUAAGGAAGAAAGUCAAAAUACAGUACAGACGUCUGACGAGAGUUACUAUGAAAAAUCGUUUGAAAAGAUUGAACAAGUGACUGAUGAAGAUGUGUUUAGAGAUUCAGCUGUGUACUCCGACCAAGAAGAUGUUGAAGAGACAAAAACUGAAACAGCAGGUAAAAAUAAAGUGAUAAACAAGACUGUUACGAAAGUAGAAAGCUUCAAAAGAAAUAAUUCGUUUAAAUCAACACAGAAGACAACGAUUACUACAACUGUUACUGAAAAGUUCAACGCGCAUUCUCGUGUUGUAGUGUCGACCAACAAAACUGCAAAUAUUGAACGUGUUAACAGCAAAAUAGAGAAGGUUGUGAAGCCUAAAGUAGCCCCACCGGUACCCGUGAAACCUAAAAUAACGCAAAUGCCGUCUGCAUCGAAUUUGCAAAACAAGAAUGUCCCUAAAAUUAUUUCUAAGAGCUCUGAACAAUCCUCAUCAUCAGAAUCUAUUAACAUGAAAACUAUUAAAAGGAAUGUCAACUACAAACCAGCUGUAGUCAGAUCAGAAUCGACGCCUCCUAAAGAAAAGUCAAAACUAAACGAAGACAAAAUGACUAAAAGUGAUAUCACGUUAAAAGUCGAAGAUAAGGCAACGAAAGAUGAAUUAGAUAGCGUUGAUGAUAAACUUAAACCACAAGGCAACAUACAAUUGAAAAGAUUGAGUUUCGAGAGAGCCAGUCUUGAUUCGGCGACAAGAAAAAUGAAAUCGACUACUGACGUGAAGAAAUCACUACUGGAACAGCCUAAAACAUCAAAAUCUGUACUCGAAAGGCGAAUGGAGCUCGAACAAAUGGCGAAGUCGCAGAUAAAAACGAAUCAAACGAAGAAACCAACGCAGGCAACCAAACCAAAGUCAAUAACGACAAAAGUAGCGAAUUUCGAGAGAAGUGUCAGUGACGUAGGUGUGAAAGAGAAAGCAAUACCCCCUCCCAGUACUGAUAAAAACAUUCCUAGUAGAAGUAACGUUGAUAUUAAACCCGAAAUUGUUGAUGACGUAAAAGGCAGUUGGGUGAAACAGGUUGUUAAUAAAUUUCAAUGAGCUUACUUCAUAAGUGAUAUUUUUGCAUUUAAAACUUCGACUAAAACCAACCAAUCAGUGUUAAAGUAGACAUUACGCUAGUAUCUGAUUGGUCAGAGAGCUGUCAUUUUGACAUUUCAACCGUUAAAUGAAUUUGAAGCUUUGUGAACUGUAGUGUCCUUACGUUAUUUCAUGAAUUGUAUCUCAUUUAUAUUAUAAAAUUAAUUAAUCUUUGAUAAUAUUCUUCUAUCGGCUAGUAGCCAUGUAAGAAUUGGCAAUAAUCAAUUGAAUAUUCCGUCUGUAUUUUCUACUCCCAAUUUUUGAAAUCCAUAAACUUAAUUCUAGCGAUAAGUUUAGGAACCCAGAUUUGAUAAUACGACGUCGAAUUUUGUUUAAAUAUCAUUAAUAAUAAUUAAUGAAUAAUGAAUUAAUCGAUUAAGAAUUCAUAUCGUUUUUUUACAAUUUAUUCCAAAAACCGACGUCGCAUUAUUUAAAAUCUUUAGUUAUACUUAGUAAGAAUAAUGUUAAUCAUUAUUGUAAAUAAUUUUCUGUCAAAUCUCCUUGAGCUUUGAUAUCUCGUGCCAUAGAUAAAGAAUAUUUUGGCAAAGACAUCACUACGCACAGUCUUCAUCUGUACAUAAUCUGUGGGAAUGCUUAUUUUGCUAUAAUUAUUGUAUUUAUUCAAAAAGUGCCAUUGCGAUAUUAGAAAAGUAUUUUUAAUUGAAUGAAAAAAAUAUUAUUUUCGUGCAAUCGAAAAACGGAACUACUUAAAAGUAUUUAUUAUUUUUUGUUUAGUAGAAAUUAAGUUUUGUUGUGUAGCUACUAACACCAAAAAGUAGAGAAGAUUGUUUUAGUAUUAUUUUUUUUACUAAUAAAUAAAAUUAUUCGAAAUAUA